AUGGUGAUUUGAUCCUGGAGUGUUUCCAGUCAAACUGGAUUGAGUUGUCCUUCUUUCCGUAUUUAAAUUUUGUGGAGCAGCAGCGACCGGUAGGUAUGUGAUUCGUCUGCUGAUGAUAUCAUUCUAAGGUAUAAUGUACAGAGAAAUCUAGGAUGUGUGAAAUAUGUCUAAUAGGUGCGUAUAAUUAUAUCAACCUCCUAUAACUUGAGAAGUACCGCUCGAAUUUCGAUGAAAUUUUUCAGCCUAUCCUGACCAUUUUCAGACAAAUAUUUGUAGGGGUGCGAGUACAAUGUGUACGAGGGAGAAAAACGAGAAGAGUGUAUAGGAACAUAUGUUAUAAAGAGAAUAGAAGCCGGUUGACCAGCGAAGGUCAUCAUUACGUUGCCUAGCAACGGUGACGAAGAAGGUCGUUCAAUCUGCCACGAUGCCAGCAUGUUACACCAGUUCCUUGGAUUAAGAUGCAUACUGAAAAUAUAAAUAAUGGUUUUAUUCUGAGCGUACACAUUUUUGAAUUGUGAAUUGUGUCGAAUCUGUUUGGGAUCGAUUCCGGUA